AGAAAAAGGAAAAAAGAAAAAGAGAUGUGUAGCUUCGAAGUUCGAAAUAAGCGAGAGGGUGAGAUCAGAAAGAGAGACUUUCUUCCUACCAUUCAACUAUGCCCGUCUUUAAGACUCCCUUCAAUGGCUACUCCGUCAAGUUCAGCCCCUUCUACGAAUCCCGCAUCGCCGUCGCUACCGCCCAAAAUUUCGGAAUCCUCGGCAAUGGUCGCCUCCACGUCCUCGAUCUCAAUCCCGCCGGUCCCAUAUCCGAACACAUCGCCUUCGACACCGCCGACGGAGUCUACGACGUCUCUUGGUCCGAAUCUCACGACUCUCUUCUCGUCGCCGCCAUCGCCGAUGGCUCUGUCAAGCUCUACGACCUCGCUCUUCCACCCACUUCUAAUCCCAUUCGAUCCUUCCACGAACAUACUCGCGAGGUUCACUCUGCUGACUACAACCCCGUUCGUCGCGACUCCUUUUUGACUUCCUCUUGGGACGAUACCAGCAAGCUUUGGACCCUAGACCGCCCCACCAGUGUCAGAACAUUCAAAGAGCAUGCCUAUUGCGUCUAUUCCUCCGUCUGGAACCCUCGUCACGGCGAUGUCUUCGCUUCCGCAUCUGGCGAUUGUACCGUUCGCAUUUGGGAUGUGCGAGAACCAGGCUCCACUAUGAUAAUUCCGGCUCAUGAUUUCGAAGUUCUAUCUUGCGAUUGGAAUAAGUACGACGAUUGUUGUAUUGCUACGGCUUCCGUCGAUAAAUCAAUUAGGGUAUGGGAUGUUAGGAGCUACAGGACCCCGGUUUCUGUAUUGAAUGGCCAUGGGUAUGCAGUUAGGAAAGUCAAAUUCUCCCCUCAUCGACAGGGUUUGUUAGCCUCAUGCUCCUACGAUAUGACUGUGUGCUUGUGGGAUUACAUGCUCGAGGAUGCUCUUGUUGGAAGAUAUGAUCAUCACACUGAAUUCGCUGUAGGAAUAGAUAUGAGUGUGCUUGUUGAGGGCCUGCUUGCCAGCACUGGAUGGGACGAGCUUGUUUAUGUAUGGCAGCAUGGGACGGACCCAAGAGCCCCUUAAGAAAAGGAAAGAUUUUGCUGCUUCCUUUAAAUUUAUGAAUUUUUCAUAUUACAGUUCAUAGGUUUUAAGUGAAUAAGCCAUUUUAGUGUUACGUAAAAAAAAAAAAAAGAAGAAGAAGAGAGAAAGCGCUACUUGUUGGCAGAAUAUAUGUUCGUCAAGAUUGAACUGAGUGUGUUAUAAUAGUCAUUUGCUUUGUUCAAGAUUGAAUAUAUAUAAACUUAUUUUUCUCAAGAACUUGAGAUCUACAUAA